AUUCAAUCUCCGCUGCCGUUUCUCGCAUGACGUCCGCCUCAACCUUGCCGAACCAGGGAAGGGCUCUGCCUCGAAACAUAAGCACAAGGCUUGGCCCUGGGCAAUACAUCUCGCUUCGCAGCCCGACAGAGGUAUAGCGCUAACGGCUGUUACAUGCUGUCGCCCUGAUCGCCGGAACGAAAUCUUGCGUAGAAGACAUGGGAAAGUGUUGUAGCAGAUUAGCUGGCUAUACAACGCUUUAUAAGAGCUGACCCCCAGCGCCAAACAUGUUUCUCUUUCUUCAUCAUCUCAACGGGCAAGUCCUUCCAUUCGUUCUUUCGAUCCUCACAUUCAUUCAUUCAUAUACAUUCAUUUCGUGAUCUGGAAUCACUUGCACCCUGCAGUCACUGUACAUACCAUACCACACUACACAUCAAGACUUCCAACAUCAUCAACAUGUUCUCCAAGGCUCUCCUCACCACGGUCCUUAUUUCCGCCGUCUCGGCCCAUCAGAACUGGCAUCAGCUGUGGAUCAACGAUGUCACACCCGGUUACCAGACGGGCAUCCGCAUGCCUCCUUCCAACAGCCCCGUCACCGACGUGACGAGCAACGACAUUGUUUGCAACGUCAAGAACCCCAAUGCCGGUGCUGUCGCGACUGUUGCCGCAAAGGAGGGCGACAAGAUCAAGGUUCAGUGGGACCAGUCUGGCCACCCCGGCCCAAUCACCCAUUUCCUCUUCGGCCCCGUCGACGAUGCCGCGACGGCUACCGGUGUCGGUGCCGGCUGGAUCAAGAUUGACGAGCUCGACAACGUGGGCGGAAAGUGGGCGAACGAGAUCAUGGGCGCCAACAACAUGACGCACGAGUUCAAGCUGCCCACUGGCCUCGCCAGCGGCGAGUACCUGCUCCGCUCUGAGAUGCUUGCUCUCCACGGCGCGCAGACUCUUGGAGGAGGACAGUUCUAUAUGGGCUGUGCUCAGCUGAAGAUCACUGGAACCGGCAGCAAGGGUGGCUGCACUCCUACCAUCUCGCUGCCCGGUGCCUACAAGGCCAGCGACCCCAACAUCUUCAUCCCCAACGUCUACAACGGCUUCGAUGCUUCCAAGUACACUGCUCCCGGUGGCCCCGUCGCUGUCUGCGGUGGUGCUGGAGGCGCUGCCCCAUCCGUGCCAUCUGCGUCCGCCGCCCCUGCGCCCGGCAACUCCACUGUCCCUAUUGAGACGCCUGCUUCUUCCAUCGUUGCGCCCAUCUCGACCGCUGCCCCUACUGAGGCCGCCCCCGCCGAGUCUGAGGCUCCCGUCGAGUCCAGCUCUGUCAUCGUAGCCAAGACCAGCUCCGUUGCCUCCGUUCUCCCUACUCUUGCCCCCUACCCCACCAACAACGCCACGGUCCCCGUCACCAAGCCCGUCCGCACCACCCUCGCAACCCACGUCCGUCCCCGCCCUACCUACGUUGGUGGCGCCGUGACGAGCGAGGGCGCUGCUACUCCCACCGGCGGCAGCGGUGCCGUCAAGCUGUACUACCAGUGCGGUGGUAACAACUGGAAGGGCGCUACCACCUGCGUGACUGGCGCCAAGUGCGUCAAGCAGAACGAGUUCUACUCCCAGUGCCUUUAGGAGUAGUUGGUUGGUAAAAUAGAGAUGGAUGAGAUGGAGGAUUCAUCCUGGAGAUUCUGACUGAUGUUCUUGUACAUACUACCUUGUUGCAUUCUUAUAUAUCUCUUGCCCGUUCGACAUUAU